AUGUCACAUACACUUUAUCGUCAUCCAAAUCUAGAGAUUUUAGAGAUAAAGAAUGAUAGUAUAACAUUUAUAUUGUCAAAUACAGAUAUCAGUGUUGCCAAUGCAUUGAGACGUGUCAUGAUUGCUGAAGUACCAACAAUGUGCAUUGAUCUCGUCGAAUUCGAAGCAAACAACUCUGUAUUGGUAGAUGAAUUCAUUGCACAUAGAUUAGGUUUAAUUCCAUUGACAAGUCACAAAGUAGAUCAAUUCAAUUAUACAAGAGAUUGUAGUUGUGCUGAAAGAUGUGAUAAUUGUAGUGUAGAGUUUAAAUUGAAUGCCAGAUGUAAUGAUCAUAGUUAUUCUGUUACAAGUUUAGAUUUAUUGUCACAGAAUGACCAUGUAAUUCCAGUUGGUAGUAGUGAUGGCAGACCCGAUACAGUUAUACCAAUAGUUAAGUUACAUAGAGGUCAAGAGGUGAAGCUGAGAGCUAUCGCAAAGAAAGGUGUUGGUAAGGAGCAUGCCAAAUGGUCACCAGCAUGUGUCGCAACCUAUCAAUUCCAACCAAAGAUCGUUAUCAAUCAGAAUAGAAUGGACGAGUUGACAGAUCGUCAGAAAGAGGAAUGGGUACAGUCAUGCCCUGCCAACGUCUAUCAAUUCAACGCACACCAACGUCAACAAGUAACAAUCGAAGAUCAAAUGCGUUGUAUGUUUUGUAUGGAAUGCAAAAAGAAAGCAGACUCUCUAGGUAAACCAGAUCUAGUUUCCAUCGAACAGAAAACAGAUAAAUUUAUUUUUAAUGUUGAAACAAAUGGAUCAUUAAAACCAGAGGAAGUGGUACUAUCAGCGAUACAAAUUAUAAAGAGAAAGUUAACUGAUAUUCAAACACAACUCCAAGAUACUGUAAAUUGA